CUACUGAGAAAGUUAAGAGAAAGCAAAAGUGAAGAAAACUACAGAUUUUUCAAGCAUUGCUUUCCCGAAUUUUCCAAUAAAUUUGCCUUAAAUCUUUCCGCAAUUGGCCAUAAUUAGUAUUGUAAUCGAUACGCCAAAUAUAUUUCUUCAGCCGUUUAAAUAAAAGAGUUUUAAAAAUGGAUGAAGCCCGUGAUGAAAGCCAGUUCAUAGUGGACGACGUAAGCAAAAUAAUUAAGGACGCAAUUGAGAACACCAUCGGAGGCAACGCCUACCAACAUGACAAGGUAAACAACUGGACUGGUCAAGUUGUUGAGAACUGCCUAAGUGUGCUUACUAAGGAGCAGAAACCAUACAAGUAUAUUGUUACAUCGAUGAUUAUGCAAAAGAAUGGCGCCGGUUUACAUACAGCUAGCUCAUGCUAUUGGAACAACGACACUGACGGCAGCUGCACUGUUCGCUGGGAAAACAAAACUAUGUAUUGCAUUGUAUCGGUAUUUGGCCUGGCUGUUUAAGACUCAACAAUGAUGAGCAAUAAUGAGCCAAAAAAGUAUGGUUCCAGCCAGGGGAGGGUAUAGACCUUUUAAGUGUUUUUCGCGGAUAUGUAAAGACGAAAAAUUAAAGCAGUAAUUGCAUAAAAACUCGAAACAGUUUAGCGAUUUUCCAAUAAAAUGUUCUGCAAAGCUAUUAAAAUUAUUAUAUUAUCACAUAAAUUUACAUUGGCUUCAAACAAAAGAAAAUAUGGUAGUUGUUUUUCUAGCUUCUCAAGUUAUAUACGAUAUAAAUAAAAAUUUCAGUAGGGCCUUAUUCGUUAAAAAUAAAUACUACAUACAAAUUUGAUUAGAUUUAUGUACGAUUUAACAUAAUGGGCUACUGGCAUACAAGAAGUACUCAAAUGCUAUAUACAUAUAUAUAACACAAUAUGUGGAUAAAAGAGUAAUGUAUAAACGCAGAAUAUUUUUUUAUGAAAGUUUCGAUUAAAUGUAUUUGAGCGAAUACCUUAUAUUAAUGCAAACCGUUUUAUAGAAAUUCCAAUAAAUGUAAUUUUCGUUCUAACAGUAAAAUUUGUGUGCUUGGAUAAUGCCAUUCAUUUUUGCAGCCACAUACAUAACUACUUAAGGAAGGAUUAACAUAAAUAAAUUCGAACAAAAUGUGCACCAAUAAAGUA